CAAAGUACUCUUUCCACGUUUCUUCCUCGCCUCGCCAUCAAUUUGUCUCCCGACCGGGUCCCUCGGUCACCCCCGGUCGCCAUCGACUGGCUGCUCACCAGUCCGGCGAACUCUCAGGAGCUUGGCAAUCCUACUCGUAAUUCGUCUUGUCCUAGGCUCCUAGCUAUAGAUUAUAGCUCCCGGGAACUUGUUAGCUACCGCGGUAGUCUCGGCGUUGGUCAGGGCCAAAUCAGCAGAAGGUUCGACGAUGGCGGCGCCGGCGCUGGUGCUCCUGCCGGAGUGGGGCUCCGGCCACCUCAUGUCCAUGCUCGAGUCCUGCAAGCGCGUGCUCCUCAGCAGCGGCAAGGCCUUCUCCAUCACGCUGUUCGUCAUGCGCCCGCCCACGGCCGAGGCCACCUCCGAGGUGGAGGCGCACGCGCGCCGCGAGGCCGCGUCGGGGCUCGACAUCCGCUUCCACCGCCUCCCCGCCGUGGAGCCCCCCGCGGACGCCGUCGGGGUCGAGGAGUUCAUCGCGCGGUACAUCGGCCUCCACGCGCCGCACGUCCGGGACGCCCUCGCCGGCAUGGCGGGGCCCGUCGCCGCGCUCGUGCUCGACAUGUUCGCCGCGCCGCUGGUCGACGUGGCGCGGGACCUCGGGGUGCCCUCCUACGUGUUCAUGUCGUCCACGGGCGCCAUGCUCGCGUUCAUGCUGCACCUGCCCGUGCUGCACGAGGCGGUCGCCGCGGAGUUGGACGAGGUGGAGGGGGGCGUGGAGGUGCCGGGCCUGCCGCCGCUGCCGCCGGCGUCCGUGCCGUGCCCCGUGGUGGACAAGAAGAGCCCCAACUACACGUGGUUCGUUCGCCUCGGCGACCGCUUCAUGGACGCCACGGGCAUCAUCGCCAACACCGCUGAGGGGCUCGAGCCGGGGCCCCUCGCGGCCGUCGCCGCGGGCCGGAGCGUGCCGGGGCGCCCCGCGCCGCCGGUGUACCCGAUCGGCCCCGUGCUGUCGCUCGGCGACCGCUCGCCGUCGCACGAGUGCGUCGCGUGGCUGGACGCGCAGCCGCCGGCGUCGGUGGUGUUCCUCUGCUUCGGGAGCAUGGGCUGGUUCGAGCCGGCGCAGGUGGCGGAGAUCACCGCUGCGCUCGAGCGGUGCGGCCACCGCUUCCUGUGGGUCCUGCGGGGGCCGCCUUCGUCCGCGACGGGCGCCGGCGCCCCGGACGGGUCGGAGCACCCGACGGACGCGAACCUCGACGAGCUCCUCCCGGAUGGGUUCGUGGAGAGGACCAAGGGCAAGGGCCUCGUGUGGCCGACGUGGGCGCCGCAGAAGGACAUCCUCGCGCACGCCGCCGUGGGCGGGUUCGUGACGCACGGCGGCUGGAACUCGGUGCUAGAGAGCCUGUGGCACGGCGUGCCGAUGGCGCCGUGGCCGCUGUACGCGGAGCAGCACCUGAACGCGUUCGAGCUGGUGGCUGACAUGGGCGUGGCCGUGCCGCUGCGGGUGGACAGGAAGCGGGACAACUUCGUGGAGGCGGCCGAGCUGGAGCGCGCGGUGCGGUCGCUGAUGGGCGGCGAGGGAGAGGAGGGGAGGAGGGCGAGGGAGAAGGCCGCGGAGAUGAAGGCCGUGUGCCGGGACGCCGUGGCGGAGGGCGGGUCGUCGCACGCCGCGCUGCAGAGGCUCGCCGAGGCGCUCCACGACGGCGCGUCUAUCCCGAAGCAUAGUGAAGCCCAGCAGCGUGCGUAGCUGGGCAGCCUGUGCUCUGCUGUUGCGUUGUCGCGAUGGUAGAUGCCAUGGCAGAGCUGCUGCUUCAAUCUUGUGAUUUGGGUUCGAAACGAAAUAAAACGCUUUUUUUCUCUGUCAAACCUUUA